GAUCGCAAUGUUAUGAAAUCAUCCUUAAACCCCAGAUAAUUCUUCUUACAAUCUCUAGCCUUAGGGAAUAUCACUCGUUACCAAGGGGGAUCAAAAAGGGACAGCCGACAGACAUCAUCACCCUUCUCUUUCCCCGACUAAGCCCAAACACUCGUUUAACUUCUGGCUCUGUACAGUCCCACUCAAAGCCGCCCCUGAUUGAUAUCAAUUUCGUCUGGAACGAGCUACGAAAACCGCGAUUCGCGUGAUAAUCGACAAAUUAACCGGUUCUAUCACCCCGCAAAGAGCUUAUCGAGACCAAGACGAUGUUCUCAAAACGUGAAGGCGAAAAGCCCACCAGCGAUGCCAUCACCAUCGGCGUACCCGCUGCGAUAUGCGGCGUGAUUUUCCUCUGCGCCGCCAUUGUCCUUGGAACUCUAUAUUACCGACGCUAUAAAAAGGAUCAGCGCGAAAAUCAAGAGGACGCGCAGUGGAACAAACGCGAAGAUUGGGAUAUUGAAUCCGACGAGCGACCGGGCGGUCAUCCUGGCAACUCCCGUUUCCCCAGGCGCGGUGGUUCACCGGGACCAAUGUCUGGAUUGAGGGACAACAACUCGUCAUACGAAUUGUCUACGAUGAAUACUUGGGCGGAUAAUCAUGGGCGGCGGAAUUAGGUCUGGAAUACUUUGAUUGGCAAUGAAGGGUAUUUUUCUCUGUCUUUUCUAGUGCUGGCCACGUUGAAUCAAUCCACGCUCGGCUUUGGCGUGGAGGAGAGCCCAUAUCGAUACGAGUGUGUGAUUGAUUAUGGACACGGUUGAUAUCAUUUGUCCUUUGAUACAUCAUUCACGAAUAUGGAAUCCUAUUCUACAGUCUUCAUACUUGUACAAACUUUAAGAUGAGAACACUAAAGAGCUGCAAUUCUCGGC